AAUAGAAAUAAAGUUCCAUUAAAUUUACUUGUGAAUACGUCAUGGAGGAUAAAGAUAAAUGUUCACCAGCAUCAAGCGAUGGGAAACCAAAUCCAUGCUCAACUGAGUCCAAAUUGGGAAUGAAUUCACGUAAUUCUGAUGUAAAGGAUAAGUCAAGACAUGCAAAAGCCCGCAGAAGAACAGAAGAAGCGAAAUCUGACAAGGUAACUAUGCCUAGUACCUCAAGUGAGAAUUCUAGAACAAUUGGAAAAUUUAGCACAUGUGCAACACCGAUCUCCAUGCUUUCCCCUAAAACUUCUGAACGCAAAAUCCACGCCCCUGAAAAGAACGCCAAACCGGAGGAGAGAUACAUAGUUCUAAGAACCGAAAAGGAACUCCGGGACUACUUUGCUGCCAUGGACAGAGCUGCCCCACAGGCGAGCCCGGCCCCUGAUCCCCAACCCACCCGCUCCUGCUUAAGUCGCUCUUCGUUUGGCUCCAGUAGAAGUGGAAGCGGUCAAUCCGCCAAGAGUGUCCGGUUUGCUGACAAAGAAGAUGAGUCGGACAAGAAAAAUAAGCACUCCGAUAAAAGAGUGGUAGGGCGAAGGUCGAGGACAUUGAUGACGGGUGAAAGGGAUAUGCAGCCUAUUCCUACACGCUUACAGGAUCAAAAGAUUACUACUUCUACAGAACCCUCAGUUGGACAUGAUAACAGACGGUCCAAAACGGAAGUAGAUUUAUCCACGAUAAGAUAUGCAUCACCUAUAGACAAUAUCAAUAGAGGUGAAAAUCAACCCCAAACUUUAAGUGAGUCACUGGUAUCUGCAAAAAGCAGUCAUACCGAGAACAAAGCAACAGAAAUUACCACUUGCACCGGAAGUCAAGACACAUAUAUCAGUCCAAGAGACACAGUCUAUGACAUGGGGAAAAUUGGUCAUUCUGUAUCUCCCAGUGUAAGCCCACUGCCCGCAAGCAGAGAUUCGGACAACUGCUCGCGGACUGUUAGUUACACAUCUAGUAGGUACUCUUCUUCAGGACUCUAUACAUCAUGUAGCGAUUAUAGCGCCGAUGAAUAUUCUCGGUCUGAAAGCACGUGUUCAAGUUAUUCUCAUGACAGAAGAACACCAUACUCAGAAAACAGCAGCUGCUGUUUAGAGAAGUGUAACACUCAAAGUAUCUCUAAAUCCUACACUAUUGUCCUGGCGGCAGAGAAAUCCCCUGAUGAAAGUCCUACACCAAGGUUCGACAAUGCUUCGUCUUCUGGGCCAUCCGAGUAUCACUCUAGAUCUGAGAGCAGAUACUCCGAAAACAACAAUUCUCGUUGUAGUAGCAGUGUCUCGGAUUCUCCACAAUCUGUUGAUAUGAUUCAUAACAAAGGAAAGCGUUGUCGAGGAAGACUGAGUUCGCCCAAGCAAAGAAAUAAACCAAAACUUGAAGACAAAGUGUUCAGAAGAGAACCUACAAACAUUGGCCCGGGAACCAAAACCCUGAAAAUAGAUUUCCAAAUGGAAAACAAAUCACAAAAGCAAUGCAUACAUAAAGUCCCUAAAAAUGGUAAAACGUCAAGCAGGUUGUCUCCAAAGAUAAAUGCUAGCAUCAAAUGUGAAACUUCAGACCAAACAAUGGAUACCCUCAGAGUUAUGGGCGUUCCUUUACAUAAAAAGGAUAGAUCCCAGAGUUCUGUCGACGCGGUCGAGAACCCGUAUGACAAUGAUUUGGAGGAAGACAUGGAAUCAGAAAAAACAAAGAAGGACACGUCCAUCUCCGAGAAAAGCCAGGAUAAUUUUUGGAAUGUAGAUGUAGAAAAGGACCAUCAAGGAAAGCAACCUGUAAUUCCUAGAUCUUCAAAACACAGUACAACCGAGUUUCCGCAUAUAAAAAGGAGGGAUAAAACAGACCUGAUCCAGAAUAGUUUUCUACAAAAAGAUCCUGAUCCCGAACCCGAUCAGAAACUGUCUGAAAUCAGCAUGGUAGGCACUGGGUUCGACUCAUUGGCAACCGGGAAGCAAGAUGUAAAGUCACAGAAAGUUAGAAAAAGGGAGGCGAAAGCACGAGGAAAUAAAAUAACCAGGGAAAAGCCGCAUGUGUUGAAAAAUGAUCCGCAAGAUUUGUCAGCCUUGAUUGCUAAAGAGCUCCUUGGAGACAAAUAUCAGACCAGAAAGAAAGGAAAAAAAGAACAGAGGAUAAAAAACACUCACAGGAUCCAAACAGACAAAGCAAUGGAAAAGCAAAAACUAACUCAGUUACCUACAGAUAUGCUAGAAAAACAAAACGCAGCUAAAGAUGCUAGAAAGAAGAAGAACCAAAUUGAGAGACUUGUUGCCGCUGACAAUUUGUAUCAGAACAAGAAGCAAGACCAUGUCAGGGGAAUGAUGGUGAUGGGCAUGGCCAAGAGCAGCCCCUACCUAAACCAGACACCAGGGCGCGCGCCAAAACCUUGUCCUACUGCUACAACUCUACCCAUAAUAAACACGGCAGACGACAACAACCCCUGUCAUUCCAUUGUCAGCGGACACACAAAUGCACCGGUGGAUAUGGUCCUCCCAAAACUCUGUGCCUCGCGCCUACUUCCUCAACAUAUUGAGGCUCGGGGCGGCGACCGGGAGAGACGCUGCAACAACGCGCGAAUGCCAUGUAAACUGAAUCAUUCAUACGGAGAUAUAGGAUAUAACCGGAGAAAAUCCGAUGAGCGAAACCCAAGUCAGGCAAACGAUCGUACAUUGCCGAGGUUACCGGGUCCUCCUGUACCCCUUCAAGCGGAGGCUUCGCUGUGUAACGGCGCUCUACAAGUGACCAUCUUGGACCCCAGCGGUCAGGGAGGUCACGCCGAACCUAUCAAACUGACCAUUCUACACAAGUCUAGGGGUACAGAACAAAGAAUGCGGUCCUCACAACACCAAUCGAAAUGUGGGCAGGAAACCGAGCCUGUUUUCUUUAGAGGAAAAGGACGGAGUCAGCAAAUUAAUACAGAGAUGAAAAGCAGGAAAAUCAAGAGAGGGUUUUCUCAUCAAUAAAUGUAUACCGAUAGUUAGAACUGGGAUAAAAACAUCAUUGGUAAAAUUUAAACCGUAAAAAUCAUUUGGAACCUUUUUAAGAUCGUAUAGUAUGAAAUUAAUUUAUAAAUCGAAAAAGUAAAUUUUCUCUGAGUAAA